UCUGGUAUUUUUCAUCUAAAGGGUAGACUACGACUUGAGUAUAAAUUGGAGAAUAAUCCCAGUGAAAAUACGAUCAUAGCUGAUUUAAGUAUAAAGGUGUGCUUUGAAGAUUCCACCUGUAUAUUAGAUGUACCUGUAUUGCAACAAGCCAGUAUAUCUUACUCGCCAUGUGAUAUAACUAAACCUGUUCCAUUUAAAGGCGUGAGUUUCGAUUUCUGGUCUUUGAAAUCGUGUACAUUAACUGCCCCUCCGUCAGGCUGUUCCAUCAGUUUACCAGCACCAAUAUCUAAUAUCUGUCAUCUCAAUGAUAACUGUCUUGGUAUCAGCUGUUGUAUGACCCUUGACCUUAAAUAUUUGGGUUCCUACUCUCUAGCAGCUUCGUUUGAACUGGAUCACUGUGCUAAUAAAUUAACUUAUACACUAGAGAACAAGAAAUGGGAGAAAACUCUUCUUUCCUUGCCAUUGGAUACAAAUAUAACAGAAGCUGUUGGUGAAGCUAUAGAUAUAAGCUAUAUAGUUAGUGAUGUUAGCAGUGCUUAUGUGGUAACAUUAAACAUCAGGCUGUGUGCUCUAAAUACGUACCAGAAUAUACCCUACUGUAAAUAUUGGACCCUCUUGGACAGAAAAUCAUUCAAUAAACCCGGAUGUACUAGCGGCAGAAAAAGACGAAGUGUAAUAAGAGAAAUAUCCCAAAAUGAUUAUGAAGUUGGUAUAAAGACGCUGCUCGGGCGAAAUGCUACAAAUGAAGAAAUUGCAGCCUUUAUGAAUGAAGUUGAAACAAAUGAGGCUACAGAAGUAGAGAAGAAUUUAUUCCCAGAUUGGGAAGAUGGUGGUCAAGCUAAUAAUAUCAGAUCAGCUUUAAAAACAAUGGGCUCAUCGAAUCCUUCCACUAUAUUAUAUACAUCAAAUAAUGGUAAAGUCAGUGUCGGUGUAGAAGGCAGUGAAGAAAUGUUUAAGAUUUUAGGAGUAGCAUCAAAUAUAAUUGAGAAUGCUGAACAAGCCUUUGUUGUGGGUAAAGGUUUGACUGGUGCUGGAGUCAAGUUGCUAGGUGCCAAGUUGUCUAAUAUGACCAUCGGAGAAAUCAUGGCGAUGAUUGAUACGAAGAAUAUUGACCCAGAAAAGGCCCUGGAACUUGUUAAAGAAUUGCGAAACUUAGGUUUGGCUUUGUAUUCGGAAAUUAUUGAUGCAGUUUUAACUGGAGAGGCUACAAAUGCUUUUAAAUCCAUGGAUUUUAUACUUCAAGGCGACUUUAGUUUCCCUCGCAGUGAAGUCAUUUUAUUCAAGUACUCUAUUUUCUUCCUACUGGGAGGUUUGGUACCAAUGAACUUCAGAUUUGGUGCUGGUUGUACCUACGGUAUGCAGAUUAUUGUCGGUGGUAAAAUGAUGAAGAUGGUAGCAUUUGGUGGUGCCACACCCUAUGGAGCUGUUUUAACAUACGGGGAAUUAAAUAUAGGUUUUAUAUUAUAUGCUGGUUUACGACUAGAAGGUUAUAUAAUGACUACAUCCUUCCCUACACGAGCUGAGAUAGGAUUCUCGAAAUUCCCACUUGAUAUUGGCUUGACCAUGGAUCUAGAGCUGGUACCAUUACGAUUGAGAUUGUUAGGUAUCGUUACAUUACGUAUUAAACUAUUUUUUGCAACGAUCAAAAAGACGUUAUUUAAAGCUACGUUAUGGGAAUAUUCAACACCUGUUAUACGGAAACGGUUGAUUGAUUUUGGUGAGAAUGAGCCCGAUCCUUCACCACCAGCUUUCUCAGAGUAUACGGACAGCAAGAGUGGCCGAAAGAAGCGAGCUGCAGGAGAAGCUAUCAAUACAGCUACUAGACAAUGUUCUGUGAGACAAUUACCAGAUCGAGAUUAUACUGAACCAGCUAUAGAACUAUCUGUACGUAGUGAAGAUGAUAAGAGUCAAGUUCGUCUCUUCCUUCAAGGUGGUACUCGUCCUGGUUUACAAGAUGCUUUCCCAGAAACAGAACUUGGAGGACCUUCUUCUGUUAUAACUACGAGAUUAUCUCAUAGUGGAAUACCCAUAUAUUUCACAGUCGUGGGUAAAAACAGUGGAGGAGGUAGUGCUACAGUCACGUGUUCUAUACCAACUUAUGACACGUCAUUACCUGGUGGAAGGUUCACGGCAGAUUUUGCUACAUCCAGUAACCCGAGAGUUUUAAAAGCAUCUGUUGUCGUAUUCGAAGAUUCCGAGUUAGAAUAUUCAGCAAUCGGUGUAGGCGUUGGUCGUGGUAUUUAUUCAGAUGAGAUGGAAAAUUGGACACCUGUCAAUCUUAAAAACCGAAAUAAUCAAAACUAUGAUCCGUCAUCGGAUCCUAAUGGUUUUGAAGCCAAGAAACAUUUUACUGCCUCUAAACAAGCUCGUUUAAUCGCACCUGUUGCUCGAGAGUUUAGAAAGAUUAACACUGUUGCUGAUUGUAUGCAGAGAUGUUUAGCUUUACCGGAAAGUAAAUGUCUGUCAAUUAAUUUUGAUUUUGGUACGAGUGGUCACUGUGAAUUACUAGAAGCCAUAGAAGGUCAUGAUCAUAAAAUAGCCAUCUCUGGCGACUAUGUACAUAUGGAGAGAUUAGGGGUUGGUUUAGCCUAUGAAUUUAGUUAUACAGAUAAAACACUACUACAAGAUAAACUGUAUUACUUUAACCUUGAUUUAAAGAAUAUCUUAGGAUAUCGUCAUAUCAUCUCUACUAAAGGUGUUUUAAUUGAUUUAACACCUCCACAACCAGGAGCAGGGUUAAUUGUAAAUGGUUCUAGAGAUGAUCUAGAGAAAAUGGAUUGUUUGAAUGGAGUUCCCUCUGAUCGUCCAGAAUGGAAGGUGAAAUGUAUUGACCAAUCACCACUGGUACUCAAUCAUAGAACUAUUAUUGAUGGCGAAGGAUCAAUGACAGUUUUUAAUGGCCAUUCACCACUUUUAGACCAAAGAUAUUUCAGAGCUAAUAGAUUCAUCUCAGCAAAUUGGGAUGGAAUCCAUGAUAAAGAAACUGGAUUAUUAGGUUAUUCGUUUACUGCUGGUAAAACAGUGUGCGAGGAAUCGAUACACCCCCAUCAUGAUCCACAUAAACAUCUGUAUGAUGAAUCAGAAUGGACUCAUGUUGGUAUGAUCAAGAGGGAGGAGACUAACCCACUAUCAGAUGGUAAAUAUUAUGUGACUGUUCGAGCCUUGAAUAAAGUCGAGUAUGGAGGACCAUUAGUGACAACUUUUUGUCAUACCACACCAUAUGUUAUUGACAAUACUAAACCGUUUGUUUAUGAAGUAUUUGAUGUAAAAUAUGACGAAGGGCUAGAAGAUUUAUCAACAGCAUACAAUGCAACGGAUCCUGAGUCUGAUAUCAAGGAAAUCGAUUUAUGUCUGGGGCAAACAACAAAAGAUUGCGGCAUCUCCGACUGGACUCGUUAUGAACACUCGGAACAAGUCAUCCAUAACACAGCUUUACCAGGUGGAAUUCCUGUCUGGGUGAAGAUACGAGCAUGGAAUAAUGUAAAUAUGUCAGCCAUCAAGUCGGCUGAUCAUCCUCUUAUCUUGGAUAAUACACCACCAAUAGCUGGGGAAGUUUAUGAUGGACCUCUCUUUAAACAUGACUUGAUUUAUACUAAAGACAGUAACAAGAUUUGUGCCAACUGGGUUGAUUUCUACGAUCCGGAAUCAGGAAUCUCAUAUUUCUCCGUGUUUGUUCGUGCAUCAGAAAAUGACAUGUAUUUAACAAACGGUACCGAUUUUGAUCACAGAACACACCAGGCUUGUAUUGACUUAGUAGAUAAUGCUCUACAACACGGCAAGAAUUAUUAUAUAGAGUUAUGGGCCUUUAAUGCUGGUCAUAAACAGAUGAAUACUUCCGGUCGAUCAAAUGGAGUAACGGUUGAUCUAACUGUACCCGAGACGGGAGAAGUUAUUGAUGGUCUAAAGGAUAAUUUUGUUGACAUAGAGUUUAGUGCUGCAACUGCUACCAUAGCAACACAAUGGAGGGGUCACUCGGAUCCGGAAUCUAAUAUCAGAAGUUACGAAGUUCAGAUACUACGGGCCAGAAACAAAACUAACAAUUUUGAGAUUGUACGAGAUUGGCAUGAAAUGGAUAAUUCUACAGAAUCUGUUGAAUGGCACAAUUUCCAUCUCCAUCAUCGUGAUAGUAUUAAGACGAAGUUACGAACAACAAAUGGAGCUCUAGGACAGAUUGUAGAGGAAACAGAUGGUUAUAUAGUAGAUUUAACACCACCAAGAUUAAUCUAUCUUAAUGAUGGUGGUACUCAACAAACAGAUAUAGAUUAUCAGUCAACAAAAACAAGUAUAAUGGCUAAUUUUAAAUUUGUUGAUGACGAAUCUGGAAUAGAUCAUUAUAAAUAUCAGAUUUAUAAAUUACAACAAGGUUCUAAACAUCAAAUAAUUCCAGAUACUGCUGGAGAAUGGACAGAUAUAAUGGACGGUACAGCACAAAGUUUAACUGUUGAUAAUCUGAAGCUAGUUAAUGGUGCGAGAUAUAUUGCUAGAAUAGGUGCUGUUAAUGGAGCUAAUGCUGUAGCUACCUAUGAUUCUAAUGGUUUCCUCUUGGACAACACGCCACCUAAGAUGCAAUGGGUACAUGUUGGUAUAUUUAAUGGUGAAGAUGAAGAGGUUAUAGACGGCCAUGUUUUACAAGCUGAUACUAAAGGUAUUAAAGCCACGUGGUUUGCUACAGAUGACGUCAGUGGUAUCAUGACGUAUCUAGUUUCUGUUGGAACAACAUCAGGCGAUCAAGAUAUACUGUCAUGGCGGAAUAUGGAAUCAGACAGAGAUGGUUAUAUUGAUGACAUCACCUUACAAGUCAAGACCGACAACUCUCCCUAUUAUUAUGUAACUGUAAAGGCUAUCAAUGGAGCUGGUUUAGAGAGUGGGGUAUUAACGUCCACUCCUAUAAAGGUUGUAGAAGAGGACAAAACAGGUAUCGUCAUUGAUGGUGCUGAUGGCACCGAGCAGUCGGGAUCAACUGGUGUAGACGUUGACUUCCAGAAAGACACUGGAGCAGUAACGGUGCAGUUCUCUGGCUUUGAGAGUGCUCUCCAUGGUAUAUCUAAGUUUGACUGGGCAGUCGGGACUACAGCUGGUGGAGAGGAUAUCCAGCCCUUCCUUACAGCUGGUUUAAUUCACGAGGACGCUUUAGAUAUACCUGGCAACGGUAUUGCCAGUUCUGGAUAUGGUCAAGCUGUAUUACCGUUAGAAUCUGGUAAAACCUAUUUUACCACAGUACGAGGUAUAACCAAUGUUGGUAAUGUGUUAGAGUCGAUAUCUGAUGGUUUUACUGUGGAUAUAACUCCUCCAAUUAUAACCAUUAACAGUCUUUUUAAAGUGACUGGACAACAGAAUGUAUCAGCCGGUAACAAGAUUUACCAGUCUGAAGUAGAUUCGAUGGCUGUAAAUUUCAAGAUGGUGGACAAUGAAAGUGGAUUAGCUAAGAUGUAUUAUGCUGUAGGUACUUACCCGGAUAGUGCUGAUACACGAUCUGUCACUUCAUUAACAACAUUCUUAAAUGGCGAGGGUUCACUUCCAGUUGGAGAGGUCAAACCUGCCACUGAUGGUAAACCAAACAUUGUAACAUUCUGGUCCGAGAAUAAGGUUGGAAUAAUAGGUAAAACUACAUCAGCUACCUUGAUAGUUGAUACAACACCACCUGUUGGAGGUACAGUUACCUGUCCAACAUUUAUACAGCCUCACUCAUCUAUGAAAUGUACAUGGGAUGGAUUUGUUGAUUCCGAGAGUCCGAUUGUUGAGUUUUCAUUUGGACUCGGAUCUCAAGAAGGAUUAAAAGAUAUUAUACAACCCAAAUCUUUACCUGGACAUAGUACUUCUUACCUGGUACAAGAUUUAUCAGAUACUGUAAGCCAUGGUAACGUGUAUUUUUUUUUCUCUAGAUUUAUCAGAUACUGUAAGCCAUGGUAA